AUGAUAGAAUCAUCUGGUGUUGGAGAUGAUCUUUAUACGCAUAUCUUGGAGGAUACGGUCAAAAACCUCAAACAUGGUUCCGAUUCCCUCGCAAGCAUCUUGUGUGAUUACCAAUACUGUGAUGUCAAUACCAUCAAGAAGCUCGUUGUUCUCACCUGUCAUAUCAUUAACAACAAGCUCACAAUCGUGAAGUACUCCCCCGGCUUUUCAUCUAAGUGGGUUGCAGUUGAGGUCCGGUCAUGCAAAAUUCCAUUAGCAUACGAAAAUAGAAAGGACGUGAUCAAGCUUUACGAAGUUUUCGCCUACAUUUAUUCGACGCUUAUUGAACAGGUGAAAAUUCAUGACACAUUGACAGUGUCGUAUUUGAGGGUAGAUGAUAUACAAAUAUUAAAGAUAUAA